CCGCUCUUAGCCACUCCUUCAACUUCACGAUGGUUCCUCGUCCCCAGUCUUCCGCGGCUGGCGUGCUCGCAUUACUAUCGGAACCUGAAUCUGUAAUAAGAGAACAUGCUCUCAAGACGCUCAAUACGCUCGUCACUCAGUUCUGGGCCGAGAUUUCUGAAGAGAUGCUGCUCAUAGAAUCACUCUACGAGGACGAUACUCUGCCCAAGUCCGCAAGGGACGCUGCCGCGUUGCUGGCGAGCAAGGUUUAUUACUGCCUGGGCGAAUACGACGAAGCGCUUUCCUUUGCGCUAGGCUCAGGUAGCGCGUUCCAUGAAGAGUACAAGAACGCAGAGUCCUGGGAAUACGUGGAAACUGUCAUCUCCAAAGCCAUUGACAGGUAUAUCCAAAACCGGUCCGACGAUCAUUCAGCGAAGGAGGCGAAGAUCGAUCCCCGCUUGAACGAUAUCAUCGAAGGCAUUUUCAGACGCUGUAUUGAAGCAGGAGAAUUCCGUCAGGCUAUAGGGAUUGCGCUAGAGUCUCAUCGACUAGACAUUGUUUCGGACAUAUACAAACACACCAAGGAUACCAGCCUCUUGUCAUAUGCGAUGGAGGCCGUGGUCGAUAGCAACUUCUCUCUUUCGUAUCGAGACGAAGUGCUACAUUUCCUCCUUCCCCUUUUCCCGCCACCUACCGCGGACACCAAAUCACCUCACGUCCACGCGCUUACCCGACUUCUUGUCACUUUGAGUGACCCCUCGUUGACGCUCCCCCUACUCACAUCCCUCGUUCCGAAACACAAGCUCCUGGCGUUACAAUUUGCGUUCGACUUGGUUGAAGGUGGUGCGCAAGAUUUUCUAGAAACUCUUCGAAACGACUUGCCACAGGGGGAAGAUGAAUCGAAGGAAAUUUAUGAUAACCUUCGGCAAAUCUUUACCGGCCAGGAGUCGGUGAAGCUGUAUCUUGAGUUCCUGAAACGUAACAACAAGGUCGACAUGUUGAUACUAAAGAAUACUAAGGACGCGCUCGAACCUCGCUCAUCGAUAUAUCACACCGCACUCACGCUCCAAAAUGCGUUCAUGCACUCCGGGACAACAUCGGAUAUCUUCCUUCGCGAGAACCUGGAAUGGUUGGGCCUCGCCUCCAACUGGUCGAAGUUCUCGGCCACUGCUGCGCUAGGCGUCAUUCACAAGGGUUGGUUCGAACAAGGCAUGACAAUACUUGGGCCGUACUUGCCGUCAGCCCAAGGUGGGGAAAGUAAUAUCCCUGGUGCAGCGUACUCGGAGGGUGGCGCGCUAUACGCUCUUGGAUUGAUCAAUGCAGGAUGCGGGAGUGGAGGCUCCGUUGAAGGAUACCUCCGGGACACACUCAAGGCUGCACAAGGUGAAGUUGUGCAACACGGUGCUGCUCUCGGAUUGGGUAUCGCGGUCAUGGGCGGCAAAAAUGCCGAGGCUUACGACGACCUCAAGCAAACACUCUUCAACGACUCUGCCGUCGCUGGUGAAGCUGCGGGCUACGCAAUGGGCCUCAUCAUGCUCGGCACCGCGGAUACAACAUGUGCUGACGAAAUGUUGGCCUAUGCUCGUGAGACCCAACACGAGAAGAUUAUUCGUGGUCUUGCAGUUGGUUUAUCUUUCAUCUACUACGGCCGACAGGAGGAAGCAGACAGUAUCGUGAAAUCGUUACUCACAGAGAAGGACCCAAUUCUUCGCUACGGUGGUGUCUAUACCCUUGCAUUAGCGUACGCGGGAACAUCAAACAACUCCGCCGUUCGCCAGCUUCUUCAUAUCGCCGUCUCUGAUACGUCGGAUGACGUCAGAAGGGCUGCGGUGACGGCGCUUGCAUUCCUGCUCUUCAAGAACCCUGGGCAGGUACCUAGAAUCGUGCAGUUGCUGAGUGAGAGUUACAAUCCCCAUGUUCGCUGCGGUGCGACACUCGCGUUAGGGAUCGCGUGCGCUGGCACGGGAUUACAGGAUGCCGUCGAGAUCUUGGAACCACUGACAAAAGACGGUGUCGACUUCGUUCGACAAGGUGCUCUGAUCGCGUUGGGCAUGGUUCUCGUGGAACAGUCAGAGGCUUCAUCACCAUCUAUGGCGGCCACUCGCGCUCUUUAUAGCAAGAUCGUCUCGGACAAGCAUGAAGAUCCCAUGGCCAGGUUCGGAGCCGCAAUUGGUCAGGGUUUCAUAGAUGCUGGCGGCCGCAAUGUCACCAUCAGCCUUCAGAGUCGAGCAGGUAGCAAGAAUACCAGUGCCAUUGUUGGAAUGGUGUUAUUCUGCCAAUUCUGGUACUGGUAUCCGUUGGCACACUGUGCAUGCCUGGCCUUCGAGCCGACUGGCAUCAUCGGUCUGACUGCUGAAUUGAAAGCUCCUCGAUCUUUCAAUUUCGUUUCAAACGCGCGGCCCAGUCUGUUCGCAUACCCGCCGCCGAUGAAAUCCGCGAAGAAGGAGGCGCCGACUAAGGUUGCGACAGCCGUUCUCUCGACAACGGCAAAGGUUAAGGCACGAGAAAAGAAGAAGGCAGAUGCUGAGAAUGAGACCAUCGACUCGACUGAGGCCAAGAAAGACGGCGAUGUUGAAAUGGUUACCGAGGAGCGUUCGGGUGAACAUGACGAGUCACCUACAAACGUACCCAAUGGCUCGGCGGUACCAAAGAGAUCAUCGCAGGGAUUCGAAGGAACUGUGAAGCCUGACCGCAAGAGGGAGCCGUCAUCUGAGGAGUUGCCCAAUUUCUCUCGUGUCACACCCGCGCAGCUCGCUUAUAUAACCUUCAAUCCCGCUGCACGGUUCCAACCUGUACGUCCAGUCUCGACGAAGACCAUUGGUGGUGGACGCGUCAAGAAUCCUAUGGCAUCAAGGACACCGGAUGCUACGCUCAAUUUGGCCGCCGAGAAGUAUGCCGGCGGUGGUGGUAUCCUCAUUCUCGAGGAUACGCGUCCAGACGAUGCGGUCGAAUAUUUGAUCUUCGAAACGCAUACCCCGAUACAAGCUGCUGCUGUGGAAGCAAACCCACCAGAGAGGUCAAAUGAGGAUUGGCGGAGGACUGCCAUUGCAUUAGACGAAAGCGCACCUGAAGCCGACCCUCCACAACCGUUCGAGUACCCGUUUGAUUCCGAACCUUAAGAGAUGUUGAACAUAUUUAAUGUAGCAUAGUGAGGUUUAAUGACGACCUGUGUAUUAGUCACGCGACGAACCUCCCGCGUCCGCACCGUUCGUACCGCUCUUCCUUCAACUAUGCUCGCGAUGA